AUGCGUGUUUCUAUUCUUGUUCGUGCCGCCGUUGUGGCCGUGACUGCUACCACGGCUGCUGCCAGUGGUGCUGACAUCGUCAGCGCUCUCGACAACGUCGACUCAGCGACGCAGAAGCUCCAGAAUAUCGUCAAUGGCUGGUCGGGCGGCCUUCUGGGCUCGCUCCCGAUCCUGCCUCAGAGCGCCCGCGUUCUAUCGGCCAUCAACGACGGCACGGAUACUGCCAAUGACAGCGACCCGUUGACCCAGGACGAGGCUCUUGGCAUUGCCACGGCCGUCACAACCUUGUCCACGACCGUUAACUCCACUAUGACAGCGCUCAUCAACCGCCACGACGAUUUCGAGCACUUACUCCUCGCGCCUGUCGUCCUGAUUGACCUCAAGCUGCAGAAGAAGGCCUCUGACGACAUGAGCGCUGCCAUCAUCGCAAAGGUACCUGCUGCUCUGCAGGGCAUUGCCUCGAACCUGGCUGCCCCCAUCGGCGCGUCUUUCGACCAGGCUAUUGAGGCUUUCUCUCUGUCAAACGGCAUCUAA